AUAGCACACGUUAGAUCAGCUCAAGCCCCGUCCCCCGCCCUUCUUCUGCUUGAAUUUACAGAGCUAGAGGACGAUCCAACUUGAACCCUCCAUUCUCCAGAUUGUCUCCAUUUCCGAGUAGAGCUUGGGGGUUUUCGGGCAUUUGGAGUUUGCUCCUAGUUCAUGAUGGUGGGUCACAAACUUCUUAAAGAUGAAGCUACUGAAGAAAAGGGUGAGAGAGCAAGAAUGGCUUCCUUUGUGGGGGCAAUGGCAAUUGCUGAUUUAGUGAAGACAACAUUAGGGCCAAAGGGGAUGGAUAAAAUUCUACAGUCAACAGGAAGGGGUCAUAGUGUCACUGUUACAAAUGAUGGAGCUACAAUCCUCAAGUCCAUUCAUAUAGACAAUCCUGCCGCUAAAGUUCUUGUCGACAUCUCUAAAGUCCAAGAUGAUGAAGUAGGGGAUGGUACUACAUCGGUAGUUGUUUUGGCGGGUGAACUUUUAAAGGAAGCAGAAAAACUGGUAAACUCAAAGAUUCAUCCAAUGACAAUUAUUUCAGGGUUCCGCAUGGCUGCUGAAUGUGCACGCAAUGCAUUGUUAGAAAAGGUUGUCGAUAACAAACAUGAUGCAGAGAAAUUCAGAUUAGACUUGAUGAAGAUUGCAAUGACUACAUUAAGUUCCAAGAUUUUGUCUCAAGACAAGGAGCAUUUUGCCACGUUGGCUGUUGAUGCUGUCAUGCGGUUGAAGGGUAGUACCAAUCUUGAGUCAAUUCAGAUUAUUAAGAAGCCUGGAGGUUCACUUAAAGACUCAUUCCUAGAUGAGGGGUUUAUUCUGGACAAAAAAAUUGGAGUUGGUCAACCUAAACGAAUUGAGAAUGCAAAGAUCUUGGUGGCUAAUACUGCAAUGGAUACCGAUAAAGUAAAGAUUUAUGAGGAGCUUUUUGCCGAUGCUGGGAUUCUUGCUAUAGAACAUGCUGAUUUCGAUGGUAUUGAGCGCCUUGCCUUGGUCACUGGUGGUGAGAUUGCAUCAACUUUUGACAAUCCAGAAUCAGUUAAGCUGGGCCACUGCAAACUUAUUGAGGAAAUCAUGAUUGGCGAGGAUAAGUUAAUUCACUUUUCCGGCGUUGAAAUGGGCCAGGCAUGUACAAUCGUCUUGAGAGGCGCAAGCCCUCAUGUUCUGGAUGAAGCUGAAAGAUCCCUGCAUGAUGCCUUGUGUGUUCUGUCACAAACGGUGAAUGAUAGUCGGGUAUUACUUGGUGGUGGAUGGCCGGAAAUGGUGAUGUCAAAGGCAGUAGAUGGUUUGGCUAGAAAGACUCCCGGGAAAAGAUCUCUUGCCAUUGAAGCUUUCUCAAGGGCACUUUUGGCCAUUCCAACAAUCAUUGCUGACAAUGCCGGUUUGCAUUGUCCGCCGUUCCUUCUCUUCGUCCGCAACGGCAGCGUCGUCAGCCCUCCCACCUUAGUGAUUACAUCGUCAAUUCUGUUCAAUCUCACGCUCCGAUGUGUUCGCCGCCUCCCCGGUCCUCUUCUUCAGGUUGGUGAUAUGGCCGAGCUGGGCAUAUCGGAGGCAUUCAAAGUCAAGCAAGCAGUACUGCUCUCCGCGACCGAGGCUUCGGAGAUGAUUUUACGGGUCGAUGAACUUAUCACGUGCGCACCUCGCCGCAGGGAAGACAGAAUUUCCAUUGGAGCAGAAUCUGCAUUUGCUAGCAUCUCUUUGGACGAUGAUACACUCCAGCUGCCGUGCACGCCGCCGUACCACAACGGCCACCGCUUCUGCAACACCUCGCUGCCCAUCGCCGCGCGGGUCCGCGCCUUCGUGUCGCUCCUGACCGUCGACGAGAAGAUCCCGCUGCUGUGCGACAACAGCUCCGCCGUGCCGCGGCUGGGGGUGCCGGCGUACCAGUGGUGGUCGGAGUCGCUCCACGGCAUCGGGCUCAACGGGCCCGGCGCGAACCUCGACGGGGUCGUGAAACGCUCGACCAUCUUCCCCAACGUCAUCGGCACCGUCUCGUCGUUCAACCGCACGCUGUGGCGGUCCGUGGCGGCCGCCGUCGCUGUCCAGGCCAGGGCCCUGCAUAAUUUGGGCCAGGCCGGGUUGACUUUCUGGGCUCCCACCAUAAACGUCUACAGGGACCCGAGAUGGGGAAGAGGGCAAGAGACGCCGGGAGAGGAUCCGUUUGUGGCUUCGGUUUAUGGGGUGGAAUAUGUCAAGGGUUUACAAGGGAAGGAUUUGAUGAGGAACGAUGAUAAUCAUAUAGAGGAGGAGGAAGAAGAAGAAGAUGGGAAUGAGAGGUUGAUGUUGUCAGCAUGUUGUAAGCAUUUGGCUGCUUAUGACAUGGAGCAUUGGCAUGAUGUUGAUAGGUUUAACUUCAACGCUAUCGUAACAAGGCAAGAUAUGGAGGAGACUUAUCAACCGCCAUUCAAAAGCUGCAUAAUGGAGGGCGGUGCAACCUGCAUUAUGUGUUCCUAUAACGAAAUUAACGGGGUGCCGGCUUGUGCAAACCGGGAGCUCUUGGACCGGGCCCGGUCCGAUUGGGGCUUCAAAGGAUACGUAGCCUCAGACUGUGAUGCUGUUAGCAAUAUCUUUAACUAUUUGCAUUACACGAGAACCCCCGAAGAAGCGUCUGCAAUUGCUCUUAAAUCAGGAACGGACGUCGGGUGCCGGUCGUUCCUAAGGGACCACAUGAAGGCCGCAUACGAGAAGGGCAUAGUGGAGGAGAGCGACAUAGACCGGGCUCUGGUGAACCUGUACACGGUCCAGUUCCGGCUCGGGCUGUUCGACGGGGCGGCCGGGAACCGGCGGUUCGCGAACUUAGGACCACAGGACGUGUGUAGUCCGGAGCACAGCGAAUUGGCCCUCGAGGCGGCGAGGCAGGGCAUUGUGCUUCUGAAGAACGAGAAUGGGUUUUUACCGUGGGAUAAAUCCCGCGUUUCUUCACUGGCUGUGAUUGGCCCUACCGCCAACACAACUUACCUUGGUGGUGAUUAUUCAGGAAAUCCAUGCUUGAAGAGAAACCUGUACGGCGGGUUCCCGGAGUACGUAAAGAACGUGUCGUACGCAUCCGGUUGCAGAAACGUGGCGUGCAACGCCACCUACGGAUUCCCGGAGGCGGUGGCGGCCGCCAGGGCCGCCGACUACGUGGUGGCGGUGCUGGGGCUGGACCUGACACAGGAAUCGGAGUAUCUUGACCGGAGCACUCUUCUACUGCCCGGAAACCAAAUGGCACUCGUGAAGCAGCUCGCCGCCGUGUGUAGAAACCCGCUGGUUUUGGUGCUUACGGGUGGGGGUCCUCUGGACGUGUCCUUCGCUAGGGAUGACCCUAGAGUUGGGAGUAUCCUUUGGAUUGGGUACCCUGGUGAGGAGGGCCGUAGGGCAUUGACUCAGGUCAUUUUUGGAGAAUACAAUCCAGGUGGAAAACUAUCAGUAACAUGGUACCCAGAGUCAUUCAUCGACGUCCCAAUGAUCGACAUGAACAUGAGGGCCGAUCCGUCUCGCGACUAUCCCGGAAGAACCUACCGCUUCUACACCGGAGAAAGGGUAUACGAAUUCGGGCACGGACUAAGCUACACCAACUUCUCCCAACACCUCUUGUCAGCUCCAUCCAGAAUCAGCGUAUCCGAGUCCCCGAAGAAAAACACAAUCGCAACAAAUAACAACAAAUCCAGUAAAAUCUCAGGUUCUAGGCAGGAGCACCAGAACCCAGCUCCUAGAAGUAGAAAACUCAGUAGCAGAUGGGGCAACAACAUCCAGAGAUUUGUCCUCGUAGACGAAGUGUUGCACUGCGAGUCCCUGGCUUUCACGGUGACGGUUUCCGUGAGGAACGAGGGGUACAGGGACGGGAGCGAUGUCGUGAUGUUGUUUUCAAGGGCCCCACGGUGCUACGAGCGGGCUCCGCUUAAGCAGUUGAUCGGGUUCGAAAAGGUUCACGUCCCCGCCAUGGGGUCGGUGGAGGUGGGCGUGUCGGUGAAUCCGUGUGAGCGUCUUAGUAUUGUGAAUGAGGAGGGGAGUAGGAUUUUGCCCUUAGGGGAUCAUACUUUGAUUCUAGGGGAGAAAGAGUAUGUCAUUUCGGUUGAAAUUUGACAUUGAGUCACAAAUUUUGGUAUUUUGUUUUGCGUUUAUAUUGAUCAUCAUAUUCAAUGUAUGCCACGCCAUUUAUUAAAAAAAACACUAGAAUAUUUU